AUGACUGUCAUAGACACCUCUCAGCCAAAGCCUGUAUCACAUGAGGACCGACCUCCUCGCCCAGUGAGCAUUCCUGUCAGAGCGACGGAGUGGCAGAGGGACUACUUGCAGAUUCCAGCCUCUCGGUGCAGCGCCGACACAGUGCUGACAUGGCCUAUCUUCGGAGGCCGGUUUCGAGAAAGCUUUUUGAUAACCACAUUGUUCCAGUACUCACAUGGAGCGGCUGAAGAACGAGCAGGUGACGCAUGGGCUGUUCCGGAUGGUCUUCGGUUCACUCCCGAUGAGCAGAUCCCGACUCUAGUAGAUCGGUUCAUCCAAAAUGUCCACACCAAGAAUCCGAUACUAGACCUCGAGGCGUUGAUACGCUCCGGGAGGCAUGCUGCGGAGAUCGGAUUGCAAUGGGAUGCACAAUCAUGUCUCGUGCUUUUGACCUGUGCGCUGGGUUCUAUCUCACAGCCUUUCACAUUGUCUACUCAGGGGCCUCAUACGGCGAGCCCGUUUCCAGAUCCAUCGGAGCAAACCGCAGGGAUUCCCAAAUCUACCUCAGCUACUCAACUGCGGGAAGGCGAGGCCUUUUUCACUCUGGCGUGCAGGAGAAUAGGGCUCUUGCGAUACUCAGUGAUUGGUGCACAAUGUCACUUUUUUGCGGGAGGUUUGUGGCUUCAGGUUUUCUGUCUGUAUCUGAUGUACACAUUCCGUCCACUUUCCGCAUGGAAUCAUUUCUACCAAGCAUCCACAUUUUAUCGGCUGCGAUUGAGACUUAUCCAUGGGCUCGACGAUUCAGCGUACGAGUACGAGGCCGAUCAUCAAGAAGCCUCGGUUGCUCGCCGCCUGGAGCAAAGCCUUUAUUGGUCAUGCUUCAAAUCGGAAGUCGAGAUUCGAGUUGAACUGCCGUUACCUCAAUCCGCAAUCGCGGAAUAUGAGUAUCCAGCUCUUUUCCCGACUCCACCUACUCUGCCAGAUAACUACCCCAAUAGUGGAGAUGACCAAGGCGAUGGGACGGAUCCUGGCGCAGCACCUUGGUCACUAAAUACGGAGCGAUCCAACAUCCCCCCGAGAGGGAUCUACAACCACAUCACGAAUUUAUUUGAUGAGCAACAAAGCUGGUACUAUUACCUUACAGAAGUCGCGCUGAGGCGCAUAGGCAACCGCGUCCUGAACGCAUUCUAUCGUGAAGAGCCCUCCGCAUGGUCAAACAUCAAACCUUUCAUCUCAAUAGCCUUUGAGUUCGAAUCUCAAAUCAAUGCCUGGCUAGCAAACCUUCCUCCGGCGAUGCGGUUCUACGAAGCUGAUUCGGGCUUUGCGGGCUCGAGGCAAGGAAACACGGCCGAUCUCCGUGAAUCGAUAUCUCUCGAGCUUAGCUGGGCAGUGAGCAAUCGAUUCCUCGAGAUCCGUCUGUGGCUUUAUCAACCAUUUCUGUAUUUUGCCGUGCACCGCGCGAGCACGGAUACAGAGCCUGCUUCGCUAACCGAUGAUGAAUACAAUAUUGUUCAAGGCUUCGUGGAGUCUGGUCUGAAUUGCUGCAUGAAGAUCCUCCAGGCGCGGUGUCUUCGGCACCGCCACCAUGGCAUUUGGUUUGAUCUGCGCGCUCUCGUCACUGCCUCCCUUGUGUUCAUUGCGUUGGCGCGAAGUGGAAACGUCAGCCUCCCAAACAUUCAUCCAGAUGGACUGCGAAGCCACUUGACUCCAACACUUGAAGCCUUGGACUACUGGGAGGACGAAGCUCCUGAUAUCAAAAAGGCCCGAGCCACUCUGGAUGACUUACUCCGUGAUUUUGACUAG